AUGGGAAGAUUGUUUAAAACUUAUCUCACUGGACCAAGUAUAAUUUGUUGUUUAAAUUGUAAAACUCACUUAACUCUUCACGAUCAAUUAAUUUCAAAGCAAUUUCAAGGUAGACAUGGUACAGCAUUUUUAUUUGGUACUUGUUCAAAUAUAACAGUUGGCCCAAGUGAAGAUAGAACAUUAACAACUGGAAUGCAUAUUGUUGCCGAUAUCUAUUGUAUAGAUUGUGGUGAAACUUUAGGUUGGAAAUAUGAAUUUGCAAAAGAGGAAUCUCAAAAAUAUAAAGUUGGAAAAUACAUUUUAGAGAAAGCAAAGAUUCAAAAAGAAGUUAACUUUGGAACUCAACACCAACCACAUUCUUUAGUUGCAUUAGAAAACAGUAUUAUGUAA